AUGGAUACUCGGCAUUUGACGCUAUCUGUGGCGUUAUUCACGGCACUAGCGCAGACUGUGCAGGGUUAUGCGAACCCAGGAGCAUGUUCAGGGGAGUGUGUUGUGUCUGACCCCACCCUGAUUCAGCGUUCAUCCGACAGCAAGUAUUUCCGUUUCUCGACCGGAAACGAGAUUUCGUAUGCCAGUUCGUCUAGCAUUGCUGGGCCAUGGACCGUGAUUGGAUCCAUGCUCCCAGAUGGGUCAUCCAUUGACCUCUCUGGAAACACUGACCUUUGGGCCCCCGACGCUCACAUCGUCGAUGAUCUGUACUACGUCUACUAUGCCGUCUCGACAUUCGGAUCGCAGGCCUCGGCUAUCGGUCUUGCAACAUCAAAGACCAUGGACCUAGACUCCUGGACCGAUCACGGAUCCAUCGGUGUCGUCUCAUCCUCGUCAAAAUCGUACAAUGCCAUUGAUCCGAAUCUGAUCGAUGUUGACGGCACUUACUACAUGAACUUCGGUUCCUUCUGGGACGACCUCUACCAGGCCCCCUUGAACUCUGCAGCAACCAAGGUGUCCUCGUCUUCCUACAACAUUGCCUACAACCCUUCUGGCACCCACGCAGAGGAGGGUUCCUACAUGUACAAGUACGGCAGCUACUACUAUUUGUUCUACUCUGCCGGUAUUUGCUGUGGCUAUGAUACAUCCCUGCCCGCAAGUGGAGCAGAGUACAAGAUUAAAGUUUGUCGUUCGACUUCGGCAACGAGUGGAUUCGUUGACAAGUCUGGUACUGCAUGCACUGCUGGCGGUGGCACUGUCGUGCUGGAGAGCCACGGUACUACUUAUGGACCAGGUGGACAGGGUGUUUACGAUGAUCCCACCUAUGGACCUGUUCUUUACUACCACUAUAUCAACACCGACAUUGGUUACGCUGAUUCGGAUAAGCAGUUCGGAUGGAAUGCCCUUGACUUUUCCACUGGGUGGCCUGUGGUCUAA